CGUGUCGGCUUACCCCCCUAAAAUUUUUGUAUGGUCACCACUUUUCAAGUUCAACUCCCACUACUUUUCCCAAUUUGGUUUCCCUUUGACAACUCUCACUCUCUCUCUGUGAAGAAAUGGCUGUGGCUCAGGUCUCUGCUUCUCUCUCAGUUUCCAUCAGAGAUGCAAGUGCAAUUAGCUCAGCCAGUCCUGUUCGGCUUCCUGUCUUGAAUUUCGGUAGAACUGGGACGGCCUUUGCUACUGGUUCUCCUCUCAUCAUUAGGACAUGUCAUCAAAGGAAGGAGACUGGAAGAUCAAUGGCACUUUCCGUAAGGAGUGAGCAAAGCACCAAGGAGGGCGGUUUGGAUGUAUGGCUUGGCCGGCUUGGGAUGGUUGGGUUUACUGCGGCUAUUGGUGUCGAGAUAGCAACAGGGAAGGGACUUCUAGAGAACUUUGGGCUCACAAGUCCCCUACCUACCGCUGCUUUGGCUGUUACAGCAUUGGUGGGAGUUUUAACAGCAGUUUUCAUUUUCCAGUCUGGCUCAGAAAAAUUUCUCAUUUUAUUAUUUCCCGGUGUUCUUAAUAGAAUCUUAUUCUAUUCUGUUCACCUUUUGCAUAAGCUACAGCUACUAUUGUCCCCUUCUGGUCUUUGCUUUGAUCUCAAGAGAUCUCUUUCUCUCUGCUUCUUUAUAUAUAAACUGAUAGGUUUUCCUACUCAGUUCCCAAGUCUUGUAAUUGUUUUACUCCUGAUUACUUCUUUCUUUUGGUUUGUUGGAAUGGGUGGAGCCAUUUCUAGACUUGCAAAGAGGUUCUUUCCAAAGAAUGGAGUGAGGAUAUUAAUGGUGGGUCUUGAUGCUUCCGGAAAGACUACCAUCCUCUACAAGCUAAAACUAGGAGAGAUUGUUUCAUCAGUACCCACAAUUGGUUUCAAUGUGGAGACAAUAGAGUACAAGAACAUCACCUUCACUGUUUGGGAUGUUGGAGGACAAGACAAGAUAAGGCCUUUGUGGAGGCAUUACUUUAAGAACACUCAAGGACUUAUAUUUACUGUGGACAGCAAUGACAGGGAACGAAUCCCAGAAGCUCGCAAUGAGCUUCAUCGUAUUCUAAGCGAGAGUGAACUCAGCAAUGCAGUAGUCCUGGUCCUAGCUAAUAAGCAGGACCUUCCAAAUGCUAUGUGCGCUACCGAGGUUGCUGAUAAACUUGCACUCCACUUACUUGGUCAACAUUCCUGGUACAUCCAAAGUACUUCUGCAACCUCUGGCCAAGGACUCUAUGAAGGUCUCGAUUGGCUAUCUAAUACCAUCAGUACUACCAAUAAAUGACGCAAGGGACUUCUAUGACACUCAAACUAGUCAAAUUUUUUUUAAAAAAAAUUGGACCAUUUCUCGAUUUAUGUGUGUCAUCCUUGCGCAGGGGCCAUGCUAAUUUUCUCUGUAUCGUUCCAAUUUUAUCGGAUGUCCCCGAAGGGACCAAACUAGUCAAAUUUUGAUUUCAUACAGUUCGGUGGAAUCAAAUUCGGUUGGCAAUGUAAUGUGAAGAGAUCAGUUCUUUGAAACCAUGUCAGAGAGGAGGUACAAAAUUCUAGUCAGCACCUAGCAGUAAAGUUCAGUGUAAGAGAUGCAAACAUUAUACAGCAACCUAUACUUUUUGGGGCAGCUUUCCUUGUUGUACAACCUGUUAUUAAUUACAUUCCGGAUAAUUGGCACCCAGUAAUUGAUAA